AUGGCGGCCCCGGUGCAGGUGUGUUGUGUGGACUCCCUCCCUCCGCACCUGAGUCCUCUGGACGCGUUAAUGUUCGAGUCCGACCUGGACGCGCUGUUCCACAGUGACACGCAGCCUCCCACCGUGCUGUUCAGCCCGCAGCGGCCUCAGGGCAGCGGGGGGUCCGGCAUCCUGCUGCGGGUCCACCCGCUGCCCGAGACCCGGGACCCCGCGGGGGACCGACACGUCCCCGGAGCCGAGUCCCGGAGCGGCGGCGUCCGGCUGCUCGUCAGCCGCUUCUUCCUGCGGCACCACGGGCUCCAGCGGCUGGGCUGCACCGGGACGGUCCGGGCCCUGGAGCCGCCGGUCUGCCUGGACCGAGUGGUGCUGGGAGCCCGCAGCAGAGAGAGCCUCCGCCGGGCCGGAGCGGAGCACUUCACCGCCCGGCUGCUGGAGCUCUGCCGCCCGGGCCAGUGGCUGCUGGCCCGGCAGGGAGACCCGCUGCUGCUGCCCGGAGCCCCGGAGCCCCGGACCCCCGGAGAGGAGCCGGGACAGCAGCCGCUCGUGGACCUGGUGGUGCUGGCGUGCAGUCCCGUGUCACAGGGCCGGAUCACAGCCGACACGGCCCUGGUUCUGACCGACUGCUGGGACCCGGUGGCCCCCCCGGUGGCCCCCCCGGGCGCCCCCCCGCCCUGCACGCCGCUCAGUCUGAGCUUUUCAGAUUUCGCUCAUUACGCCGACAGCCUCGGGGGGGGGCGCUCUCUUCUGGACAGCAGGAAGCUGCUCGGCUCGGAGUUCCCGGACGUCCUGCGGGCGCUGGAGUGCCGGGUGGACGUGCUGGUGGCGGACGUGUCCCGGUGGUCGGGGGUCAGAGGUCAGCAGGGGGCGGCGGUGGACGUGGACAACUGCGUGUUCGUGAGCAAGCGGCUGCUGCUCCGCCUCGGGCUGUUUAACCACGAGUGGGUGGAGCUGUGGAGGGCGGGAGGAGCCUCGCGCCCUCCGACGGGUCAGAUGGACGCCAGGGGGGGCGGAGCCGGCCGAGAGCGGCUGGUUUCUGUGGUGGCGGUGGAUUCCACCCAGAGUCCAGAUCUGCAGAACCCGGAUGAAGUCGGUUUCAUAUCAGCGAGUCUGUGGUUCAACCUGAGCGGGGGGGAAGUGCUUCCUGUGAGCAGCCUCACGCUGAGGGUGAAGAGGUGGAGACCGGCGCCUCCGGAGGUCGGGGGGGGGGGCUCGGACACUUCCUGUCGCUCAGCGUCUCCUGCGUGGGCCACUGAGCUUCACAUCCAGCCGGUGGCGUCUCUGCUGACCGACAGCCGGGGGGGCUGCGGCGACGCCCUCCUGUCGGAACACUUCCGAACUCCCAGACUGGUUUCACUGGGAGACGUCUUAUCGGUUCCCACUGAGAACCAUCCCGACCUGCUGGAGAACAACUGUGACGGCAUCUACAGGUCUCCUGUGCUGUUCUUCAAAGUGCAGAAGGUGUGUCCAUCUGCAGAGGAGGGAGGAGGAGGAGGAGGGGGAGGAGCUCUCCUGGCCGACAGAAUGCACACCUCCCUCUACAUGGGAGCGUCCACUACCAGCCCCGCCCCCUGCAGCCGGGUGGAGCCAGGGUCUCUGUGGAGCAGCGUGUCUCCUCCCGGCCUGGACGGCAGCGUGGAGCUCCUCAGCAGCAUCAUCCUGCCGCACCUGCAGCUCAGCAGCUCUCUGCCCGGUUGCACCGUCCUCCUCCACGGCCCGGCAGGAAGUGGGAAGGUGACGGUGGUCAGCGCGGCGAGUCGCAGGCUGAACCUCCAGCUGCUGAAGGUGGACUGUGUGAGCGUGUGCGCCGACACGCCUGCCGCCGCCGAGGUGAAGCUGACCUCGUUGUUCCAGCGAGCCGCCGCCCUGCAGCCCUGCGUCCUGCUGCUCAGGAACCUGCAGCUGCUGCUCCGCCCCCGAGGGGAGGAGGACGCCAGGGUCCAGGCCGCGCUCCGCCACCUGCUCAGCAGCGCCCCCAUCAGCGUGGUGGUGGUGGCGACCGUCUGCAGACCUCGGGACCUUUCCGCGGGUGUUGUGACAGCGUUCGUCCACCAGGUGUCACUAGAGAGCCCCAGUGAAGAGCAGCGGCGCUCCAUGUUGUUGAGCCUGAGCCGAGACCUUCACCUGGGAAGAGACGUGAGCCUGGAGGGACUCUCCAAACUCACAGCGGGUUUUGUGUUGGGAGAUCUCCGGGUCCUGCUGGCGGAGGCCGGCCGAGCUGCCUGCAGGAGGCUGAGUCACACCUGUGCUGGCCGGCGGGAGGAGGACCUGUGCUCCAGCGGAGUGAGCGUCCUGAACCAGGACUUCACCUGCGCCCUGGAGACGCUGCAGGACGCCCAGUCCAACGCCAUCGGAGCCCCGAAGAUUCCUAACGUGCGGUGGGAGGAUGUCGGAGGUCUGCAGCAGGUGAAGAAAGAAAUCCUGGACACGAUCCAGCUUCCUCUGCAGCGUCCGGAGCUCCUGGCUCUGGGCCUCAGCCGGACCGGGGUCCUGCUGUACGGACCCCCGGGGACAGGGAAAACCCUGCUGGCCAAAGCCGUGGCCACCGAGUGCUCCAUGACCUUCCUCAGUGUCAAAGGUCCAGAGCUCAUCAACAUGUACGUGGGUCAGAGUGAGGAGAACAUCAGAGAAGUGUUCAGCCGAGCGCGCUCAGCAGCUCCGUGCGUCGUCUUCUUCGAUGAGCUGGACUCGCUGGCUCCCAGCAGGGGGCGCAGUGGAGACUCUGGAGGAGUGAUGGACAGAGUUGUGUCUCAGCUGCUGGCCGAGCUGGACGCGCUGCCCCCGACCGCCGGGGUCUUUGUGAUCGGAGCCACGAACCGUCCAGACCUGCUCGACCAAUCACUGCAGAGGCCUGGCAGGUUUGAUAAGUUGGUUUACGUUGGAAUCAACGAGGAUCGAGUCUCUCAGCUUCAAGUUCUUCAGGCCAUCCUCAGGAAGUUCCAGCUGGACCCGGCGGUGAACCUGGAGGAGGUGGUGGAGAGUUGCCCCGCCCACAUGACCGGCGCCGACCUCUACGCUCUGUGUUCCGACGCCAUGACGGGCGCCAUCAAGAGGAAGAUCGCUCUGAUCGAAGAAGGUGUGGACUCGGAGGACUCACCUGUCGUUCUCUCCGCUGACGACUUCUCUGCAUCGUUAGAAAACUUCCGACCCUCGGUUUCCGAACAGGAGCUGCUCCGAUACGCAAACAUCCGACAGAAACUCAGCGUGACGUAGAAUCACAGGAAAAUAAGAAAGAUGCUGCUGCUGUAAAAAUUAUCUCUAAAUGUAAUUAAAUCAUUUUAUGAAAUCAAUAAAAACGAGAAAAGAUGCAGAAGAUCAGUUUAUUGAACCUGAAUUGCAGUUACCUGGUUCUGCCACUAGGAGCCUUUUUACAAAUAAUCAGCUAUAAUAAUCUUCUGUCAUAGUGACUCAACUUUCACUAUAGAACCACUGCUGAUGACAUAAAGAACAUAGAGAGGUAAUGAGGACUCAGUCUUAAUGUCCUAGCUGCAGUAGUAGUUACACUUCAGGUAUAAUUGUCCCUUCAAUGGUUUUGUUGUUUGGAACCUUCCAGAGUUUCUCUUUGCUAGCAUCAAGCUAACAGCUAAAUGCUACUUUAACUAAAUCUGACAACUGUAACAUGUAAAACUAAAGUUAGCUGAGAUGUGUAAUGAUGAUAAAUGUGUUUUACAUCUGA